UUUACUUCCUGAAACUCCUUCUUUCCGUAAAAUUCCAAUAAAACAGCAAAAGAUGAGCAUUCCACAUCAUAAUUGGAGAGAUUGUAAAGCAUGGGUUGAUGCUGGGCUCCCUCUGUCAACCACCAGCAAUGAAGCAGCCAAGAUGUAUGAUGCAUGUCUCACACAGGUUACUGCUCUUUUCCAUGAUGAUAGUGUUGGAGGUCUUGAUAACUCCAUAAAGAAGAUGAUAGAAGCCGAUCCAACCUUUGUCAUGGGACAUGUUAUGCGCCUAGGCCUAGAACUGUCUGGUGGUGGACAAGCAUAUCAUUGUGACCCUAAAUUAAAAGAAGAUGUUCAAGCAUUACUGGAAUUGGCAAAGAAAAAUAACUUGACAGACAGAGAGAUGCAGCAUGCAGAGGCAGUAAAGGUUUGGGCUAAGGGCAAUGAGACCCAGGCCAACAACAUUUGGGAAGACAUUCUCCUGGACCAUCCCCAUGAUGUCUUGGCUAUCAUGUUCAGUCAUGGCAACUACUUCUUCCAUGGGGAGCAUACAGCUAUGAGAGAUUCGGUUGGUAGAGUUUUACCAUUAUGGAACGAAUCCAUUCCUUUAUAUGGAUAUCUUCUCGGUAUGCAUUCAUUAGGUCUGGAGGAAACGAACUAUUUCACAGAAGCAGAAGCCUUGGCAAAGAAGGGUCUUUACAUCAAUCCCUAUGAUGCAUGGUCAACCCACACACUAGCUCAUGUGAUGGAAAUGACAGGUAGAACUGACGAAGGCAUUGAAUUAAUGAGAUCAACUGAAGAUAACUGGACUCGUGGUGAAAUGUUUGCAAGUCACAUCUAUUGGCAUUGGGGACUCUUUCAUAUAGAAAAGGCGGAAUAUGAACAGGCUCUGGGUCUAUAUGAUGCACAAAUAGCAAGGCGUACAAAGUCUGGUGCAUUGCUACCAAUAAGUGAUGCAAGCUCUGCACUUUACAGGCUAGAAAUGGAAGGGGUGAAGGUUGGACAAGAACGAUGGGAUGACCUAUUUGAAGUCUGUCGACCUCAUUUAGAAGAUCAUGCCAGACUAUUUUAUGAUCUCCAUAUUCUGAUGUCGUGUCUUGGAGCAAAGGAGAAAGAUGUUGGGAAAAAAUUGGUGAACACUUUGAAGGAUUAUAUUGAGACAACAGUGUCUCACAACCAAAAAACUUCCAAACUAUUUGGUGUACCCAUGAUGGAGGCAUUUGUUGCUUACGAAGAGGAAGAUUACGCAAAAGCUGCCGAUUUAGCAAACGCUGCCAGAUAUCAGCUGCAGCAGAUGGGAGGAAGUAAGGCCCAGCGUGAUGUGUUCCAUCAGUUUCUUGUCCAUGCAGCGAUGAAGUCACCAGAAAAGAAACACCACCAUCUAAGCAGAAGCCUGAUUUUGGAGGAGCAGGCCCUAAGACCAGAUUCACAGAUAUAUGGUCGCCUGAUGGGAAAAUAUCUUGCUAGUAAGAAGAUGACCAUUCCCCACCACAACUGGAGGGAUUGUAAAGCAUGGGUUGAUGCUGGGCUCCCUCUGUCAACCACCAGCAAUGAAGCAGCCAAGAUGUUUGAUGCAUGUCUCACACAGUAUACUGGUGUUUUCCAUGAUGAAUGCGAGGGAGGCAUUGCUGAGUCGGCAAAAAGAAUGUUGCAAGCAGAUCCAACCUUUGUGAUGGGGCAUGUUAUGUGCCUUGGACUUGAUCUUAUCGGUGGUGGCCGGUCCCACAACACAGAUCCCAAACUCCACAAAGAAGUUGACACAGUCAUGGAUUUGGUGAAGAAAAGUAACUUGUCGGAUAGAGAGCUGCAGCAUGCUGAGGCUGUGAAAUUUUGGUCUCAGGGCUAUGUGAGCAAGGCUACUGAUAUGUGGCAAGACAUUCUUCUUGACCAUCCCCAUGAUGCCUUAGCCAUUAAGUUCAGUCAUGACAACUAUUUUUUCCUUGGGCAGCAUACUGCUAUGAGGGAUUCGGUUGGUAGAGUUUUACCACUAUGGGAUAAGAAUAUUCCUUUGUAUGGGUACCUCCUUGGCCUGCAUUCAUUUGGUCUAGAGGAAACAAACUGCUUCACAAAAGCUGAAGCUGUUGCAAAGGAGGGUCUCUUCAUCAAUCCCUAUGAUGCAUGGUCAACCCACACACUGGCUCAUGUGAUGGAAAUGACAGAUAGAACUGACGAAGGCAUUGAAUUCAUGAGAUCAACUGAAGAUAACUGGUCUCGUGGAGAUUUGUUUGCCAGCCAUAAUUAUUGGCAUUGGGGGAUCUUCCAUAUUGAAAAGGCAGAAUACGAACAAGCCCUCGGUAUAUUUGAUUCACAGAUAGUCCAACGUAUGAAGACUGGCUCUAUGCUAUCCAUAUUAGAUGCAAACUCACUACUGUACAGACUGGAAAUGGAAGGAUAUGGUGUUGGCGGUGAACGCUGGGAAGAUGUAUUUGAAAUUUGCCGUCCGCACUUCGAAGACCAUGCUCUCAUAUUCAACGACCUACACUUAAUUUUAUCAUGUCUUGGAGCAAAGAAAAAAGAUGUGGGGGACAAAUUUGUCAAGUCUUUAAAGGAAUAUACAGGGAACAUGACACAAGACAAUCAAAAAGUGUCAAAAGAGUUUGGAGUAACCAUGAUGGAAGCCUUUAGCGCUUAUGAUGAUCAAGAUUAUGCAAGGGCUGUUGAGUUGGCGAACUCGGUCAGAUACAAGUUACAUCAAAUGGGAGGGAGUAAUGCUCAGCGAGAUAUAUUCCACCAGUUCCUAGUUCAUGCUGCAAUGAAGUCUCCCAAAGAGAAACACCAUCAUCUGUGCAGGAACUUGAUACUUGAGAGGCAAGCAUUGCGACCGGAUUCCCUACUGAACGACCGCCUAAUGGGAAAAUAUCUUGCUGAACACGGCCAGUGAAAGUUCAGUUAACAAUACGGACUACGGGCCUAUGAACAAUGAACUAUAUGCAAUUGAUAUUGUACUUCAUACCUGCACUAGAAAUCAAUCUAAGGCCAAGUGAUGUACCAGGCAACAAAAGAUUGGGAAAAUUUGGACCCAGUGUGAGGACUUAAAAUCAUUUUGUAGUGGCGACAAAAAAGUAUUUACAAAUAUAGCAAAUGUAGCAGGUUAUUUACAUUAUAUUUAGAUGAGAUACCUUCCACUCAUGAAACACUUAAUUAAUUUUGUUUGCUUUUUACAAGUGGCACCGUGUGCGCAAUUAUUGUGUUUACAUUAUAUUUAGAUGAGAUACCUUCCACUCAUGAAAUACUUAAUUAAUUUUGUUUACUUUUUACAAGUGGCACCGUCUGCACAUUACUGUCAAAAAUAAACGUCUGUAAGUUUUGUCACAAUGUUGCAAAAGUUCUUGUGAUGCUGUCUUUACUGGGUUUCACAGCAAGACGUUCGGCAGCAAAAGGGUUAAAUCAGUAGCAUCAGGUAUCUGUAGGCCUACUUAGAUGUGUAUAAUUAUUAUACCUUUCCAUGCAAUUUUUGACUUUUAGAUAUUAAUGUUUUUGCUUAUACCAUGCACUCGGUGGUUAAUAUGUACACAAGUUCCUAUCUACAGAGGUAGAAUUUAAUUUUUUCACAUUAUUUAAUGAAUAAAUUGCGCUAUAUUGAUGCAAUAUGUGCCUCUUGAACGCAAAUAGAAAUUGACAGAACAGGCUGAUGUAGCUCUAAUAAAUGAUUUGUCAUAAUAUCUAAAUUGUAACUAUGUACUUUUUUUCUAUUUCGAAAAAAUCUGUACAGAAAGUGAUUACUUUUCAUUCAAAUUUGUUGUAAAGUCUUAUAUGUUGAGUAAAAGCAACCAUCACCAUAUUGUUGUGUCUCACCCAAACAAAAAAUAAUUUUGUCUUAUUCCAUCAUUCUGGUUGUGACUCUGUCCUCAGAAGACCAA